AUGGUCCUUUUGGAUGCGGUGUUGGGAACGUUCAAUGUGGCAUUCUUUUAUGUCAUUUUGAUAUGGGUUUUGGUGGAUAGCUUGAGACAAAGCAAGCUUAGCCGUGUUCCUGAUGGGUAUUUCAAGCGAGGAGCAAUGAUUUUUUCUCUGUUCUCUGUUUUAUCUUGCGGUGUUAUUUCCGUAAUGAACAUGACUCUUGUUUUUCAUCAUUAUGGCUCUACGAGAGUCAUAGGAUUUAACUCGGUUUCAUUGACACUCACUUGGGUUUUGGCUACUGUGGUUUCGUUUUAUUCUGUGAAGACCGGAGUGAGGGAGAGUAAAAAGUUUCCCCUUGUGCUCGUACUAUGGUGGGUUUUUGCUUCUCUCGUGGAUGCAAUCUCUCUGUCUAUUAGGCUGGUGAAAGAUUUAGAAGCAAUCGACUUGCGGUUUUUCUUGUCAGAGGAUAAUGUAGUUGGCUCAUUUUCCUUGCCUUUGUCGCUGCUUCUUUGCUUCAAUGUUUGUAAAAGGGAGCACAGUGACAUGGAAGAGGGGUUGCUUCAGAAAGAGAAGGAGGAGUGUUUCAUGGAGGAACACCGUGACGAGGCCUUUAGUGAUACAAGUGUGUGGAACAAGCUUACAUUCCGUUGGUUGAAUCCCAUUUUCAAAACGGGUCGGAUUAAAAAGCUUGAACUUUCUGAUAUUCCUCCUGUUCCUUGUUCUGAAUCGGCGGAAAAUGCUUCUUCCAUGUUGGAAGGGUCACUCCGCAAACAGAAACUAGGAGAGAGUUCCUUGACAAAGGCUAUUGCCAAUUCUGUGUGGAAAUCUUUAGCCUUAAAUGCAGUAUUAGCUGGUGUUAACACAGGUGCCUCCUAUAUAGGUCCAUUGUUGAUCACAAAUUUUGUGAAUUUUUUAUUGGGGAAUAAUGGCGAUUCAAGCGUUCAAUAUGGAUUGGUUCUUGCAUUUGUUUUCUUCCUCGCAAAGACCGUAGAGUCACUGAGUCAAAGACAAUGGUACUUUGGCGCUCAACGAAUUGGAAUCCGGGUGCGCGCAGCUCUUAUAUCUCUAAUUUAUGGCAAGUCCUUGAUGAUGAAGUUUGCUGGACCAACACAAGGUAAAAUCAUCAAUCUGAUUAAUGUGGAUGUGGAAAGAAUUGGGGACUUCUGCUGGUACAUUCAUGGAGUUUGGUUGCUUCCAGUUCAGGUCAUUUUAGCCUUGGUCAUCUUAUACAUAAAUCUGGGUUAUAUCCCUUCUUUUGCUGCAUUUGGUGUCACCAUUUUGGUCAUGGUGUGUAACACACCUUUGGCCAAUAAGCAAGAGGGUUUGCACUCUAAGAUUAUGGAAGCUAAGGAUUCAAGAAUCAAAAUGACAUCAGAGACCAUGAAAAACAUAAGAAUUUUAAAAUUGCAUUCAUGGGAGACCUCUUUCUUGCAGAAACUCCUCCAACUUAGGGAAACUGAGAAGGCGUGGCUGCAGAAAUACCUCUAUACAUGCUCAGCAAUAGCCACACUAUUCUGGACAUCACCAACUUUAGUUUCUGUCGUUACCUUUGGUGCUUGUAUACUAGUGAAAACAGAACUAACAGCAGCUACAGUACUCUCAGCUUUAGCAACUUUUCGUAUUUUGCAAGAACCAAUCUAUAACUUACCUGAACUUAUCUCCAUGAUCAUUCAAACAAAAGUAUCUGUCGAUCGAAUCCAAGAGUUUCUUAAGGAAGAUGAUCAAAACCAAUUCAUAGAUAGGCACACUUCAAAAAAUUCAUCCGUUGCAAUUGAAAUUAAGGCAGGGGAAUAUGCAUGGGAAAUAAACGAUCAAACCCACAAGAAACCAACUAUUCAAAUUACAAGAAAAUUAGUGAUAAAGAAAGGUCAGAAGGUAGCAGUUUGUGGGUCAGUCGGGUCUGGAAAAUCAAGCUUGCUGUGCUGUAUUCUUGGGGAGAUUCCAUUAGUAUCUGGGGCAGCAACCAAAGUCUACGGGACUAGAAGUUAUGUGCCCCAAAGUCCUUGGAUUCAGUCUGGAACCGUAAGAGAGAAUAUAUUGUUUGGCAAGCAAAUGAACAAUGACUUUUACGAAGUUGUUUUGGAUGGCUGUGCUUUGCACCAGGACAUCAACUUGUGGGGUGAUGGAGAUUUGAACCUGGUGGAGGAGAGGGGCAUAAACUUGAGUGGUGGGCAGAAACAGCGGAUUCAGUUGGCAAGGGCUGUUUAUAAUGAUUCAGAUAUAUAUUUCCUUGAUGAUCCUUUUAGUGCCGUGGAUGCUCUUACUGGAAGUCAUUUGUUUAAGAAAUGUCUCAUGAAACUUUUAUAUGAUAAAACGGUUGUUUAUGCUACUCAUCAACUGGAAUUCUUGGAAUCUGCAGACCUCAUUUUGGUGAUGAAAGAUGGAAAAAUAGUGGAGUCAGGAAGAUAUAAAGAUCUUAUAGCAUGUCCCAAUUCUGAACUUGUUCAACAAAUGGCAGCUCACCAAGAAACAGUACACCAAAUAAACCCAAGCCAAGAAGAUGAUUCUGCUGCUAGCUGCAGACCCUACCAAAAAAAUCAAAUUGAAGUUGAUCAGGAAAAUAUUCAAGAGAUCAUGGAAGAUUGGAAGAGAAACAAAGAAGAGCAAACAGAGACUGGUCGAGUGAAAUGGAGUGUUUACUCAACUUUUGUCAAAUCUGCUUAUAAAGGAGCACUUGUUCCGGUUAUUCUUAUCUGCCAAAUCCUCUUUCAAGUAAUGCAAAUGGGAAGCAAUUAUUGGAUGUCAUGGGCUACGGAGCAGAGGGGCAGGGUCAACAACAAGCAGCUAAUGGAAACAUUUGUUCUUCUAUCUUGUGGGGGCACCAUCUUCAUACUGGGAAGGACCGUUUUAAUGGCAGCUGUUGCUGUAGAAACUGCUCAACGCCUUUUUCAUGGAAUGAUCAUAUCAGUUUUCCGGGCACCUGUUUCAUUUUUUGACACCACACCCUCAAGCCGAAUUCUGAGUAGGUCAUCAACAGAUCAAAGUACAGUAGACACAGAUAUACCAUAUAGAUUAGCUGGACUAGUAUUUGCACUGAUACAGUUAUUAAGUAUCAUUGUACUAAUGUCCCAAGUUGCCUGGCAAAUCAUUCUCCUCUUUUUUGUGGUGCUUGCUAUUUCCAUUUGGUAUCAGUCUUAUUACAUCACAACAGCCAGGGAACUAGCUAGGAUGGUAGGGAUUCGAAAGUCUCCAAUCUUGCAUCACUUCUCAGAAUCAAUUGCUGGGGCUGCCACAAUUCGUUGUUUCAAUCAAGAGCAAAUAUUCUUGACCAAGGUUAAGGUUCUAAUAGACGAUUAUUCUCGGGUAGCCUUUUACAAUUUCGGCACCAUGGAAUGGUUGUCUGUACGAAUCAAUUUCCUCUUCAAUUUGGUCUUCUAUUUUGUUCUCGUCAUAUUGGUUACUCUUCCAAGGUCUACCAUUGAUCCAAGCUUGGCAGGUCUGGUAGCUACUUAUGGUUUGAACUUGAAUGUCCUACAGGCUUGGGUGAUAUGGAAUCUUUGCAAUGUUGAGAACAAAAUGAUAUCGGUUGAGAGAAUAUUGCAAUUCUCUAGCAUACCCAGUGAAGCACCCUUAAUUAUUAAAGAUUGCAGACCUGAACAAGAGUGGCCAAAGGAAGGAAAUGUUAAACUACGUAACCUUCAUAUACGGUAUGAUCCUGCUGCUCCCAUGGUUCUCAAAGGCGUCACUUGUGUCUUCCCAGGACAAAAGAAAAUUGGUAUAGUAGGCAGGACAGGGAGUGGAAAAUCUACUCUUGUGCAAGCUCUCUUUCGAGUGGUUGAGCCUUUGGAAGGAAGUAUACUUAUUGAUGGUGUAGAUAUUUCCAAGAUUGGUCUGCAAGAUUUAAGAUCUAAGCUUGGUAUAAUUCCUCAGGAUCCGACCUUGUUUCUAGGUACUGUAAGGACUAACUUGGAUCCUCUAGAACAACACGCAGAUCAAGAACUUUGGGAGGUUCUCAGCAAGUGCCAUCUAGCUGAAAUAGUAAGGCGGGAUCCAAGACUUCUUGAUGCACCAGUGGCCGAGAAUGGAGAAAAUUGGAGUGUUGGACAAAGGCAGCUUGUUUGCCUUGCUAGGCUACUGCUGAAGAAAAGAAGGAUUUUGGUCCUAGAUGAAGCUACGGCAUCCAUUGACACUGCAACUGACAAUUUAAUUCAGAAGACAAUUAGGGAAGAAACAAGUGGAUGUACAGUCAUUACAGUAGCACAUAGAAUUCCGACAGUUAUUGAUACUGAUUUAGUUUUGGUCCUUGAUGAAGGGACAAUUGCAGAGUAUGAUGACCCUGCUAAAUUGCUGCAGAACAGUUCUUCUUCGUUCUCAAAGUUAGUUUCAGAAUUUUUGCGGAGAUCAUCCCAAAGUAAUUUCCAAAACAGAUAA